ACAUGAUGGUAGGAUCCAUAUUAUACCGCCCCCGCCGCCAUUUUCCAUGUUGUUCUGUUCUGCCACACCAAUUUUGAAUGCAUUGAUUUCUAAUAAUUUGUUAAAUUUGGGUUAUUAAAUUCCUGGCUUCUCCAGUUUAGUGAAGGGGGGAGCUUAUCUCCAAAUUCAAACAAGGAGACGCCCUGUUUAGACAGCCAUGUACAUUAAACAGGUCAUCAUCCAGGGGUUCCGAAGUUACAGGGACCAAACUGUGGUAGACCCGUUUAGUCCAAAGCACAAUGUCAUCGUUGGAAGAAAUGGGUCAGGAAAAAGUAACUUUUUCUAUGGUAUGUCUGCCUUAAUGAAUUACACCACACAGCAGUCAAACAUUUCCCCCUUCUGUGUAGCUAUUUGUUGUUGUCUCAAACUGUGGCUCUGCUCUGCUUUCUUAGCCAUCCAGUUUGUGCUCAGUGAUGAGUUCAGCCACCUGCGACCUGAACAGCGCCUGGCCCUGCUCCAUGAGGGAACUGGUCCUCGUGUCAUUUCGGCUUUUGUGGAGAUUAUAUUUGACAACUCUGACAACCGGCUGCCGAUUGACAAAGAGGAAGUCUCCCUUCGUCGCGUCAUUGGUGCAAAGAAGGACCAGUAUUUCUUAGACAAGAAGAUGGUGACUAAGAAUGAUGUAAUGAACCUUCUCGAGAGUGCUGGCUUCUCCCGCAGUAACCCGUACUACAUCGUGAAGCAGGGAAAGAUCAACCAAAUGGCCACAGCACCCGACUCCCAGCGUCUGAAGCUGCUGAGAGAGGUGGCUGGGACACGGGUGUAUGAUGAGCGCAAAGAGGAGAGUAUUUCUCUCAUGAAGGAGACAGAGGGGAAGCGAGAGAAGAUCAAUGAACUGUUGAAGUACAUUGAGGAGCGGCUGCACACCCUGGAGGAUGAGAAGGAGGAGCUGGCUCAGUACCAGAAGUGGGACAAGAUGAGAAGAGCCCUGGAGUACACCAUCUACAACCAGGAGCUGAAUGAAACCCGCGCCAAACUUGAUGAGCUUUCCAGCAAGAGAGAGACCUGUGGAGACAAAUCCAGACAGCUGCGUGAUGCUCAGCAAGAUGCCCGGGACAAAGUAGAGGAGACGGAGCGUGUUGUGCGUGAGCUGAAGUCUAAGAUCUCUGCCAUGAAGGAAGAGAGGGAGCAGCUAUCGGCCGAGCGCCAGGAGCAGAUCAAGCAGAGGACCAAGCUGGAGCUGAAGACCAAGGACCUGCAGGACGAGCUGGCAGGGAACAGUGAACAGAGGAAACGCCUGCUGAAAGAGAGGACAAAGCUGCUGGAAAAAAUCGAGGAGAAGCAGAAAGAGCUGCAGGAGACUGAACCCAAAUUCAACAUGGUGAAGGAAAAAGAGGAGCGGGGCAUAUCCAGACUGGCCCAGGCUACACAGGAGAGGACAGACCUCUAUGCCAAGCAGGGCCGUGGCAGCCAGUUUACUUCCAAGGAAGAGAGGGACAAGUGGAUUAAGAAGGAGUUGAAGUCUCUGGACCAGGCCAUCAAUGAUAAAAAGAGGCAGAUCACAGCCAUCCACAAGGACCUGGAGGACACGGAGACCAACAAGGAAAAGAACCUUGAGCAGUACAGCAAACUCGAUCAAGAUCUAAAUGAGGUCAAGACCCGCGUUGAGGAAUUGGACAAAAAGUAUUAUGAAGUAAAGAACAGGAAAGAUGAGCUACAGAGCGAAAGAAACUACCUGUGGCGUGAGGAGAACGCAGAGCAGCAGGCCCUGGCUGCCAAACGAGAGGAACUGGAGAAGAAGCAGCAGCUCCUUCGAGCGGCCACUGGCAAGGCUAUUCUCAACGGCAUUGACAGCAUCAACAAAGUCCUUGAGCAUUUUCGUCGGAAGGGCAUCAACCAGCAUGUCAUCAAUGGUUACCACGGCAUUGUCAUGAAUAACUUUGAGUGUGAGCCUGCCUUUUACACCUGUGUGGAGGUGACUGCUGGUACCAGACUGUUUUAUCACAUUGUGGAAACUGAUGAGGUCAGCACCAAAAUACUGAUGGAGUUCAACAAAAUGAACCUGCCUGGAGAAGUCACAUUCCUGCCACUGACCAAGCUGGAUGUCAGGGACACCGCCUACCCAGAGACCAAUGAUGCUAUCCCCAUGAUCAGCAAGCUACGCUACAGCACCAACUUUGACAAGGCCUUCAAGCACGUGUUUGGGAAGACCCUGAUUUGUCGCAGCAUGGAAGUUUCCACCCAGCUGGCCAGAGCUUUCACCAUGGACUGCAUAACUCUGGAGGGUGACCAGGUAAGCCACCGUGGAGCCCUGACAGGAGGCUACUACGAUACCAGAAAAUCUCGCCUGGAGCUGCAGAAAGACAUGAGGAAGGCUGAGGAGGAGCUGGGUGAGCUGGAGGCCAAGCUCAAUGAGAACCUGCGCAGGAACAUUGAACGCAUUAACAAUGAGAUUGACCAACUGAUGAACCAAAUGCAGCAGAUCGAGACACAACAGAGGAAGUUUAAGGCAUCCAGGGACAGUAUUCUGUCAGAGAUGAAGAUGUUGAAGGAGAAGAGGCAGCAGUCAGAGAAGACGUUCAUGCCCAAGCAACGCAGUCUCCAGAGUCUGGAGGCCAGCCUCCAUGCAAUGGAGUCCACCAGGGAGUCACUGAAGGCAGAGCUCGGUACAGAUCUGCUCUCUCAGCUCAGCCUGGAGGACCAGAGGCGUGUCGAUGACCUCAACGAUGAGAUCCGUCAACUCCAGCAGGACAACAGACAGUUGUUGAACGAGAGGAUUAAGCUGGAGGGCAUAAUGACCAGAGUGGAAACGUAUCUCAACGAGAACUUACGAAAGCGUCUUGACCAAGUAGAGCAGGAGCUAAAUGAGCUUCGAGAGACUGAGGGAGGCACAGUGCUCACAGCAACAACGUCUGAGCUGGACGGCAUCAACAAACGAGUCAAAGAGACCUUGGCACGAUCAGAAGAUCUGGACUCUCUGGUUGACAAGACAGAGGGGGAGAUCAAGGACCACAUAAAGAGCAUGGACCGCUGGAAGAACAUUGAGAAGGAGCAGAAUGAUGCCAUCAACCACGACACCAAGGAGCUGGAAAAGAUGACUAACAGACAGGGCAUGCUGCUCAAGAAGAAGGAGGAGUGCAUGAAGAAGAUCAGAGAGCUUGGCUCGCUGCCUCAGGAGGCCUUUGAGAAGUACCAGACCCUCACACUCAAGCAGUUGUUCCGCAAACUGGAGCAGUGCAACACAGAGCUGAAGAAGUACAGUCAUGUCAACAAGAAAGCUCUGGACCAGUUUGUCAACUUCUCUGAGCAAAAAGAAAAGCUAAUCAAGCGUCAGGAUGAGUUGGAUCGUGGCCACAAAUCUAUCAUGGAGCUCAUGAACGUUCUGGAACUGCGAAAGUAUGAGGCCAUCCAGCUCACCUUCAAACAGGUGUCAAAGAACUUCAGUGAGGUUUUCCAGAAGCUGGUGCCAGGAGGCAAAGCUACGUUGGUGAUGAAGAAGGGUGAUGCUGAGGGGAGCCAGUCUCAAGAUGAAGGAGAGGGUGGUGCAGACAGUGAGAGGGGCUCAGGUUCACAGAGCAGCGUUCCUUCAGUGGACCAGUUCACUGGAGUUGGCAUCAGGGUGUCGUUCACAGGGAAGCAGGGUGAGAUGAGAGAGAUGCAGCAGCUGUCUGGAGGUCAGAAGUCUCUGGUGGCUCUGGCACUGAUAUUUGCCAUCCAAAAGUGUGACCCCGCUCCUUUCUACCUGUUUGAUGAGAUUGACCAAGCCCUCGAUGCCCAGCACAGGAAGGCUGUCUCAGACAUGAUCGUUGAGCUGGCCGGCCACGCCCAGUUUAUCACCACGACCUUCAGGCCCGAGCUGCUCGAGUCUGCGGACAAGUUCUACGGUGUCAAAUUCAGAAACAAGGUGAGUCACAUCGAUGUGAUCACAGCGGAGCAGGCCAAAGACUUUGUGGAGGACGACACCACCCAUGGUUAAUAGUUCUCAGCUCUUCAUCAUCCUCCCUGCCCCCUCCCCCGCCUCUACAGUGCACUGUUUAGCUUGAAGACUUCCACAACAGGGCCCGAAGACAUCAGUUUCUCACUCAGUCCACUAUCCUAUUUUAGUCUCUGUUAUAGAUAAACAAUGCAGCAAGUCUUAUGCUUCUUGGACCAUCUCCAAACAGUGGAUUAAAUUGGAUAUGCUCAAAAAAUCCCAGCUCGAAUUAACUGAUAUUUACUGUUAACUUUGACAUCAUUCCAGGUUGAAGCUACAAAUUUGAGGAAAAGGUUUGGCUAAAA